AUCGUUUAUUUUGACAGUUUUAUUAUUUGCACAGGUAAUACAAAAUGUUUCGUUUGUUUUGUCCCGAAUUUAAGCACAAAUGCAAAGGUUUUGCUGCACUGGAUUUAAAGUUAAAACGUUACCUGCCUAGCUGAGACACAUGAUAGCUUUUUGUUCUUUAUUGUGAACGUUUAGUGUUAAACCUGUACAUCUCAACAGACCUACUUGACCAUGACCAAACAAAAAGCUGGGCUAGACAACGUUAGCUCGCUACUAAUUUAAUUAUAUAAUAUACACGCUGGGAGGCAAUAAAUAUAAUAACGCUUUUGUGAGACCAUAAGUCAAUUAUCCGAUCCUAAUACUAAAAGAGAUGUUGUACAACAGCGUAAAAACAGAAAACAGUAACUUCACUUCAUCAGCAUCGGUUAACGUUUGCAACGUUUUCUAUCCGCGAGACUAGGAACAGGAAGUUGCGCAAUUCAAACUGAUUGACAGGUCGUACGACCAAUCGGAAACCGAAGUCUGAACUAAGGCAGCCAAUAGAGGGAGAGAAGAACGGCGGGACAUCCUGUUCGUGACGCAAAUUUUCACAGUCAACAUCGGAAGCUCCACCUUUUGUGUUUCCCGCACCGUCAAUCAAAAUAGAAAAAAAUAGACUCGAUUCAGCGAUCGCAGCCCGCCUCCGAAUAAUAUAAUCAUGCUUGGCGUGUAAUUAAAUCGAGAUUUUUUCCUAUUAAAGUAAUUCAAGUAAUGACUGGUAUGUAAGACUCAAUACGUUUCCAUUAGACGCAUUCCGCAGCCCUGCCUUAGCUAAGCUAAUGCUAAUGCUGGCUAAGUGUGUAGGUUUGGUUUGCUAAUCUCUUUGCAGUUGUGCUAACUGUUAACAUUAGCCAGUUAGCUUAGCCGCUUCUGAAUUUUCCGAUUUGUGUGCAGAUAAGCAGCUCAGUUUGUCGAAGUAUUCUUUGUUGUGAUCGGAGAGUUGAGCUGGCAGUACGUCCGACUGAGCUGUUUUGCUUCGUGUCCGUGCACCGUGCCUGUGUACAGCGCCCAAACAGCCGGGGAGACAAGAGGAAAUGGCUGCCUUAGACGUGGACAGCAGUCAAAGCGAGUUUCUGCAGCAAGAUGGUAGCAGAGGAGAUCAGGCUGCAGAAUCAGGAUCAGUGCAGCUAACAAGCUCAUCAGAAAGAUGGGAUGGUGUCAAGGAUGACUCAAGCAUUGUGCAGCUGCCUGGUGGGGGCAUAGUCACCUCCAAUGGGCAGUAUGUUCUUCCCAUUCAGGGCCUUCAGGGCCUCCAGAGCCAGCCCAUAUUGUUAACAUCAGGGACAGACUCCUCCGCCAACGCAGUGCCUAACAUCCAGUACCAGGUUAUCCCUCAGAUCCAGACAAGUGAUGGGCAGCUGGGAUUCUCUGCUUCAACAGUAGAGGGUGCCUCGCUGGCUCAGGAUGCCUCAGGGCACAUCCAGAUUCUCCCUGAUGGCUCUCAUGCCAUCAGUGUAGCCAGCACCACCACGACUGGCAUUCUCAGCAGCAGCCCGAACCUCAUGGGCCAGACUGGCCAAGUGCAGCAGAUCCAGGGAGUCACUCUGGGAAGCUCAGCCUUUAACAGUCAGGGGCAGGUGGUUGCUAACGUGCCUGUGGGUUUGCCUGGAAAUAUUACCUUUGUGCCCAUUAACAGUGUAGAUCUGGACUCACUAGGUCUUUCUGGGGCACAGACGAUAGCCACGGGGCUGACCGCUGAUGGACAGCUAAUCAUGACCAAUCAGACGGUGGACAACACGGAAGGCUCAGAGAAAGCAGGAGAACAGCUAUCACAGCAAACACUAGUGGUCAACAACACUAAUGCAGCAGAGAUGUUUGUGCCUACCACAUCUUCCUCAUCAUCAUCAACUUUGUCCUCGCAGUUGCCUGCUAGCACAAUCGAUGGUACAGGUGUGCUGACGCAGGGCACGUCUGAGCAGACUGAAGGAUUUCUUGCUCAGAGCCAGGUGCAAGUUUCCACAGGGCAGCAGGUGAUCCAGCUGCAGCAGGUGCCGCUGCAGAGCAGUGACGGACAGCUGGGCCAGCAACAGGGGCAGCAGGCUCUCCAGAACGUCCAGCUCAUCAACCCAGGAACCUUCCUCAUUCAGGCACAGACCGUCACACCAUCAGGCCAGAUACAGUGGCAGACCUUCCAGGUUCAGGGUAUUCAGAACCUCCAGAACCUGCAGCUCCAGACAGCCCCAGCCCAACAGAUCACGUUAGCCCCAGUGCAGACCCUCUCUAUAGGGCAGGGAGGUACACUUAGUACCACUCCUGUUAGCAUCAGCUCUGGGCAGAUUCCCAACCUGCAGACAGUCACAGUUAAUUCAGUGGAUCAUGGGCUCCAGCUCCAGGCUGAUGACACAGACAGCCCUGGAGAUAUUCGGAUAAAGGAGGAGCCAGACUCAGAAGAGUGGUCUCUUGCUGGUGACUCCACUCUGAAUACUAAUGACCUGUCUCACCUGCGUGUGCGCUUAGUAGAAGACGAGAUGGAGGGUCUGGGCCAGGAGGGCAAACGGCUGCGCAGGGUCGCCUGCACCUGCCCCAACUGCAAAGAGGGUGGCGGAAGGGGUGCCAACAUGGGGAAGAAGAAGCAGCAUGUAUGUCAUAUAGCAGGCUGUGGGAAGGUGUACGGGAAGACAUCUCACCUGCGAGCUCACCUGCGCUGGCACUCAGGAGAGAGGCCUUUCGUCUGCAACUGGAUGUUCUGCGGCAAGAGAUUCACACGCAGCGAUGAGCUGCAGCGACAUCGGAGAACACAUACAGGUGAGAAGAAGUUUGUGUGUCCCGAGUGCUCAAAGCGCUUCAUGCGAAGUGACCACCUGGCCAAGCACAUAAAGACGCAUCAGAAGAAGGGCAGCAGCGGCGCAGUGGUGGCAAGCGUGGAGACCUCUGCCUCCUCUGACAGCAUCAUCACCUCAGGAGCUACCACACUCAUCCUCACCAACAUCCAGCCAGGUACCGUACAGGGCCUCGCUACCGUUAACGCUACUGUUAACACGUCCAACUCACAGGAGCUGCUCACUACAGCAGAGAUCCCGCUUCAGCUAGUCACCGUCGCAGCCAGUGAACCUGCAGAGUGACGUGGACGCACAGGAGCUGUGCAACUAACACAGAGGACUUUCUCAGUUGUCAGGAAAGAAACUGCUUCACAAGGAUUCAAGUACACUUUUUAUGAAACUGCCAAGGUUAUGUUGCUUUGGGUAUAGUGUCAUUAUUAUCUUCUCCUGUCUCUUUUCCUGGAUAUCAGUUUGACCACAAGACUCCUCUCCCUCAAAUUUAUCCUGCUUUUUAUACCCACACAGAUUAUUCUCAUUUACGUAAAUAUAUCCAUUUACGUAAAUGCACAUAUAUAAAAAUAUAUUUUACAAAUAUAGAAUAUCGAUUUAUGUUUGUCUGCAGUUUUUUUAUGGCAAGAAUGGAACAGAAGAAAAGCGUCGAAAGUGGUUUCCAUAAAAAAAAAAAAAAAACACUGAAAUGCCUUAUUUUGUAUCAUACUCAUGUUGUGUACAAAGGUAGAGUUGCUGACGAGCUUUAAAGCAACUGUUAUGACAUGGAUUUGUUUGAAUGGGAGUAACCUUUAUAAAGGAAGCCAGGUCUGGUCAAUGGGAGUGAUGUUAAUCUAAUGUUGUGGCUAGUGUAGGGUAUGUUGUGGCGUUAGUUGGCCGCAUUAUAAGGGAGGAUGUUCAGGGUAGAACAUUAGAAUGAAGUGUGCCACUCUGGUGCUGGGCGUUAUGAAGUUCUUCAUGUCCAAAUGUGUCUUUAAUGUACGUGUUUCUGAUGCUUUUCUCUGAAAACAUGCAUAUAUAUAUAUAAUUUUUUUUCAACGUGGUCCUUUUAUUUUAUUUAGUCCAAUCAAGGCUCUGCGAAGCUUUUUCUCUUUAAACUGAAGCGUUGUGAAGAAACUUAUAAAAAUGAAAAACAAUCAGUGUAAUUAAAAACCUUUUUUUUCUUCUUCUUCAACCUCUUACAGUUGAUCAGAUGUUAUGCAUUUGUUAAGUCUUUUUGAGCAACACAAUAUUUAUAUGAGGCUUUGCAUAGUAAAUUGGUUUUGUGGUGUCUACAUCUCUUCAACGAGCUUUUUUUAUUAUUAUUAUUUUUUUUUUUUUAAUAUGUAUAAUAAUUCCAGUAUGUCAUUUUUCUAAGACUGAACUAUCUAAAGUGAAUCAUUAUCAGAAUCAUUGGAUAUGUAAUGGGCAGAUUUGUGGUCUAGAAAUUGGUGACAUGUCAGUGUCGCAUAAAGAGGAUGUGAUUCUUCUGGACGUGCCUGGAGUUUUAUCUCUCUGGGUUGUGCGUGUGUAGAGCUGUACCACCUGGUGAUCCUUUAGGAAUAAGGAGUGCUCGAUUACAGGGGUGCUGUGCUGCCAGUGUUAAAGCUGUUUGGACCAAAUUCAAUCAAAUCACUUUUAAACUGCUCAAGAGACAAUGACUGAUACUUCAAACCACAAUGUAACGACAAGAAAUAUCCAGUUUAUUUUUAGGCCAGCCAGUUCUGUACAAGAAACACAGAAUUUCAACCUGUAUCGAGAUUUCUAGCUGCAUGAUGGAUCUGAUGGGUUCUGCAGUAAUUUGAUUGACUUUGUUCUGAUCUGCCAUAGCCAUUUUUAGGAGGAGGCUGGGGUACUCCUGAUUUGAGACCCUGCUCAAAGAGGAAAAAUGUCCAUUUCAUGUGCAAAUA